AUGUCUAUACAUUCUUCCACUAGAUCUUUUGACGCAAAGAUGAGUUACAAGCUUGUUGCAGUUAUUUUAUGUUCGGGUGUUUUCCUAAAAGUUUCAACUGCUGCAGUUGAAAACGAAAACGAUAUCGCAAGAGGUUUGGACGCGAAAGGGCUUCUGAACUCAAUCGCCGGCAAUUUGAUGUCCCGAGGUUACGGUGCCACCGCGUCUGGUGGUUCCCAAGUGGUCUCUCUCAACUUAACAAAUUUGCUCGUUUUGGUCCUUCUCAAAGCACUGAUUUUCGCCGCUGGGUCUUUAGGGACCGGUACUUGGAAGGGCGGUUUGGGUCGUAGCAGCGACGGUGAAGAACAAAUCCUCACCGAAGACGAAGUUCUACUUUUCUUGAGUUACUUAACCGGUUCGCCCGGUGAUAACGGAUGUCUGCAAAACGUAGCAUGUCAACAACCUCAACAAGCGAAGAAAUACGUUUCAGCCGGUGAUAUGCUACUCAAAGCAACAAAAAUGCUGGCGCUUGAUCCUGACAGGAGCUAUGAAUAUGUUUUGAAGGAAGUAGAGCAAGCUGCUGAUGUCGGGUUAACAGGAGGUGAUUGCGCUAGAUUUAGAUGUGGAUUGAAUGAGAAACAAUGAGUUUUGUAAAGAUG